GUUAUGCUUUCAGAUAUUGAGGAACUCUUUCCAGUACAAUUGUUUGUUGAAGAGACACAUAGAUCGCAACAUAUGCUUGUGGUAUCACAAUCGAAAGUAUCAAGAAUAAAUCUUAGUCUCCAAGCUCAUGACUAUGCAAUUAUGGCAUGCCGCAUACACCAUAGUUCUGGCAUAAAAAUUGCACUAAAAUUAUUGGCACCUUACAAUAAUACAAGUGCAAUACACUUUAGACAUGUGCGUGAAACCAAUAAAAAUAUAUGCACUGAACAACAAUUAAAAUGA